AUCUCAUUUCUCUCCACUGAAUCCUUCCAGCCACACGGAGCUGCUGAGGAGCUGCCUGGUCCAUCCUUGGAUCCUCCAAGCACUGACUCCCAUCCACUCUGACCACAGCCAGGGGGCCACAUCCCACCGCCUGCCCAGCGCCCAUCCAUGGAGGUGAGCACUGUGUUUCCUCAUUUUUCUGCACUGACCGAUGGAUCUGUCCUGUGUGAGAUCAGUGUCAGCACAGUGAUCAUACAUAUUGUGACGCUGCUCAUCUGCAUCUGUGGGCUGGCUAGGACUGGGGCUGUCCUCUGGCUCCUCCGCAUUAAGGCCAUCACCUACUUCAUCUUCAAUCAGGCCAUCAAUGACUUCCUCUUCCUCAUCUUCAUGGUCCCUUCCACCCUGCUCUUCCUGCACGAGGAAGUGUCCUGCUCCACUAUAAUUUCUCGGAUGCAUUUGAGCUUGCUUUUCCAGCUCUCCCUGUUCUCCUACAACAUGGGGCUGUACCAGCUGACAUUCAUCAGCUUUGAGAGGUGCAGAUCCGUCCUCUGCCAGGUUUUCUGUCAUUGCAAACUUCCCCAGCGCCUGUUGUGGGUGGUGAUGACUGCCCUGUCCUGGGCCUUCUUCUUUGUUGCUGUCGUUGUCAAUCCCAUGGUGACUUUCCUGUGCCAGUCACAGGAACAGGAGCAUUGCCAGGUGGCUCUCCUCUCCAUGUAUGUCCUCAAUUUCUUCCUGUUUGCUGCACCCAUGCUCAUUUCCAGCAUAAUCGUCUUCAUUCAUUUCAAACCUGGCUCCCAGCAGAGGGAACACAAGAGGCUCGACAUCGCCAUCUUCCUCACUGCACUCCUCAGUCUGCCCCUCAGUCUCUUGUAUUUACUGCAGCAGCUCGAGUACACCUCGCCUGUGUCCACCGAGGUGAUUUUCCUACUCACCUGCAUCAACAGCAGCAUCAAACCCUUCAUCUACUUCUUGGUGGGGAGCUGGAAGGAAGACUACUCCUUGAGGAGCUUCUGGAGAGACUGCUCCAUCAACAGCUGCAGGAGUCACAUCUCCAUGCAGUCCCUAAGGGAGGCCCUCCAGAGGGUGUUUGAGGAGCCAGAAGAAAACACUGCUCACAGCAAUGAAAACAAUGCCCCCAGUGAUGAAAAAAAUGCCCCCAGUGAUGAAAACACUGACCCCAGUGAUGAAAAUACUGACCCCAGUGAUGAAAUCACUGCGGCUAGCUAUGAAAACACUUCCUCCAGUGAUGAAUACACUCCCUCCAGCGAUGAAAACACUUCCUCCAGUGAUGAAAACACUCCCUCCAGCAAUGAAAACACUGCCUCCAGUGACAAAAACACUGACCCCAGAAAUGAAAUCACUGCCUCCAGCUAUGAAAACACUGCGUCCACUGAUGUAAACACUGCGUCCAGUGAUGUAAACACUGACCCCAGCUAUGAAAACACUGACCCCAGCUAUGAAAACACUGACCUCAGUGAUGAUUCCUUCGUGGUCUGA